UGUUUACACAACAGUGUCCUUGCGAUAGAGACAGCUGAGAACUGGUGGACACAAACAGACUCUAAAACCAGCUUAAGUUACCUUUCCAGGUAAAUUAUGUCUGUGAAACACGCUAUUAGCCGGGGGCUCGAGUUGGGCCGGUCGGUCUUUCAGCUGGGUCUCCUUAAAUCGGGUGGCCGACUCGCAGCAAAGCUCCGAGCUGACCGUUUCCGUGUAGGCCCGUCGGUCCGCACCGCUCAGCCUCAGGCUUUCCUGCCGUCUCGGUACCGGUAUUACCGCACCUCUCUGAAGGGCCUGGCAGCCCAGCUUCAGUCCGCCGGCUUCAGGAGGAGGUUUGGCGGUGGGUCCCCGCGAAACAGGGCCGUGUUUCUGGCUUUCGGUCUCGGUGUGGGGCUCAUCGAACAACAGCUUGAAGAUGACCGAAAGAGCGCGGCGACAUGCCAGGAGAUCCAGGCUGUGUUUAGCAAGAAAAGAUUCCAGACCCCACUUAAGCCGUUUACCUCUGGAUACAAGCUGGAAGAUUACAUUAUUGGGAACCAGAUUGGGAAAGGCUCGAAUGCAGCUGUGUAUGAGGCUGCAGCUCAGUUUGCCCCUAUGAAGGAAAACAACAGCAAGUGCUGCCUGAUGCAGCUGAGAGAAGAUGAAGAGGAAGGAGAGACUGCUCGAUCUCUGACAUGCUGCUCACUAAGAAACUUCCCCUUGGCUGUCAAGAUGAUGUGGAACUUCGGGGCGGGAUCGUCGAGCGAGGAUAUAUUAAAAUCAAUGUCACAGGAGCUGGUGCCUGCUGGCCCCCUGGCUUUGAAGCAGGAAAAAGAACAAAUAACUCUGGAUGGACAUUUUGGAGUCCUGCCCAAAAGAGUGUCAGCACACCCGAAUGUGAUCAGAGUGUACCGGGCUUUCACAGCAGAUGUCCCUUUGCUACCAGGUGCCCAGGAAGAGUAUCCGGACGUGCUGCCAGCCAGGCUGAACCCUGCGGGUCUGGGCAAUAACCGCACUCUUUUCCUGGUCAUGAAGAACUAUCCCUUCACGCUGCGACAGUACCUGGAAACGUCCACGCCUGGCCGCAGGCAGGGCUCUCUGAUGGUGCUGCAGCUCCUCGAGGGGGUCGACCAUCUGUGCAGACAGGGUGUCGCUCACAGGGAUCUCAAAUCAGACAACGUGCUGUUGGAGUUUGACUCAGAUGGUUGCCCUCAUCUGGUGAUUACUGACUUUGGCUGCUGCCUGGCCCAGAGUGACUCUACUCUACAGCUGCCCUUCAACAGCAUGUGGGUCAACAGAGGAGGAAAUGCCUCCCUUAUGGCCCCUGAGGUGUCCACUGCGGUUCCAGGAUGUGGUGUGGUGAUUGACUACAGCAAGGCAGAUGCCUGGGCUGUGGGUGCCAUGUCCUAUGAGAUAUUCGGCCAGCAUAACCCGUUCUAUCGAGCAGUGGGACUGGAGAGCAGGAGUUACCAGGAGAAGCAGCUUCCUGCUCUGCCUUCUACUGUUCCUGCUGAUGUGCAGUUAGUGAUCCAGUUACUCCUCAGGAGGAACCCAAGCAAGCGCCCCAGUGCCCGUGUGGCAGCUAACAUGCUACAUCUCAGCCUCUGGGGACGGAGGGCACUGGCCAAUCAGGACAGCGCUGGCAUGAGGAAGCUGGCUGAUUGGCUGCUGUGCCAGUCUGCUGAAGUUCUCCUGAAGGGCUGUAGUGGACCCAGUGGGAACACAGUGGAGGCGGAGCUUCAGAGGAGCUUCCUGUCUAAUCUGGACCUGGAGGACCUGCGCACCGCUGUAGGCUUCCUCCUCUAUGGGCGAGAGCAGCGUCAGGCCUGCAUACUGUCUGCAUAGAUCCACUUUCACUCACUCAAAUACAACUUAGACCUCCUGAUAUGGAUAGACUGAACCUAGAGUUAGACAUCUAUAUUUGUAAUGUUUAUAGUAUAAGCCUUUACAUCUAAUGGCCCUUACACUAUCAUACAUAAUCUUACGUUCAGUGUAUUCCAACAGCUGUUGUGAAUUAUCAAGUGUUGUAAUUCACCUCUAAACCAGUGUUUUCUGUUGCUACUGAAGCUGCUAAUCUGCAUUUCCCAGAAUGAGUUCUCACAAAUUCCUUAAUCGGUUGUACCCAGCAUCAAAAACAAAGUGCUACUAGUUCUUCUUACAGAAAAGGAUCAUAGACUACUGAAGCUACUGUUGCUGGAGAAAUAAGCUUAGUUCUUCUCUAUGUUAUAUAAUGAAUUUCUUCUAAAUGUGUUUUUCAGCACCAAACAACUAAAUAAGCCCAGAAAUGCAAAGUACCAAAGGCUACUGGUAUUUCUGUUAUAAAAGAGCAUGUUUAAUUUUACAAGCUCUUAUGCACUUUUUAGUUAUUUGUUAGGCAAGACCCCACAAACAUACAGUAUCUGUGUGUUUGAUAGAAAUUGGUCUGUGUAGACGUUUUGGACUGAUAAAGCCGAACAUCAAUGCAGAUAUUUUAAAGUAAAACAAUCUACAGUACCCGUCAGACUCUACUGUGUAGGGCCACAUAUGUUUUAUGUAUUCACAGGUAACGUUCAGUCCUUAAAAAAAGCUGGAAUGUCAAUCAAACUGUCACCAAGCCAGUCAAAACAGUCGAUUAUUCACCUAUUCUGCACAACGUAAUGCAUGUAAAACCUCCCUGACAUGUUACUCUAUAGUAAUCACAUCAAUGAUGAUAGACAGCAUGGAUCACGCAGACGAUUGACAGACCUUAAGGAUGUAAUUUUGUUUUUCUUGCUGUGAUUUGCACUUUAUGUUCAUGUUUGCACUUGCUCAGAGCCAUUAUUAUGGCUAACUGAUGUUUGUUCAUUGCUAGAUUAUCUAUAACACCUAUUAUAAUCUGGUAAAUUAUUAUGCCAAAUCCAUGAUUUGAAUGUAGUGAUUUAACCCUUCAGACAUCACUGUAAUCUGUUAUCAAAACUAGUCAGUUAAUCCUUCAGUUUUGGCAUUAUAACAUGCAUCAUGAAACAUCAUAUAAUCAUAUGGGCAGUUAGGGAUACAAGACAUAGGGUGUGUACAAUGUUUUCAUAUGAAAGAUGGUGAGAAAUAUUUUGGAUAUAUGUAGAUUUUUCUGCUGUGUUUUAGAAUAAAAAUGUCUGUCUGAAAAGA